AUGUCCGCCCCCAACGCUCCUCCUGAACUUACUGCAUCAGGCAGUCCUGCCACCAUUAUUGAAUUUCUUUACUACGCCGUAAAUAGCAUCCUGUUCUAUCGCGGUGUAUAUGAAUCUGAGGAUUUUCGCGCCGUCAACAAAUACGAACAAGAUCUAGUUCUUGUUAGGGAUGGCGAAGUGACACAAUUCUUGGACAGAUUCUUCAAGCAAGUUGAAGAAUGGCUUGGCCAAGAAUUAAUCCGCCGAGUGAUAUUGGCUAUUGUAUCAAAAAAUACAGGCAAGACAUUGGAGCGCUGGGUGUUCAACUUGGAACCUCACGAUGGUCCCGCACACCUGGACAAGAUACAGCAUAAAAUACAAGCCACGCUAAAGCAACUAAAAGCAACUAUUCCUAUAUUUCCGGAUAUCAAAGAGCCAACUAUUUUCAAUUUGCUUGCCGUGAAAAGGAUGAAGACCAAUCUUCUGAGUUACCAACCAGCCAGAAAUGGGUCGAUGCCCAUCCACAUUCAAUACCAACCGAAAUUCGUGACCAGACGGCCAUGCGUGGUUUCAAUACCAGGGAUGCCAAAGUAG